GUUCCUCAGCUCAGAGCACAGCAUCAUCCUGAAAACGAAAGUAACCCGUUACACUCAGCGCACUUCCUGACUGCAGGACGUGGGCUUCCCAGCGGAUUCACAGGCGUUAAAGACAGACUGCCGAUGAUCUAAUUCACACCGAGCAGCAUCACUCAGUGCCAUGAUGUCGGCUCUUCUACUGAGAUGGGUUUUGCUGUUAGUUUUUCCAGCUUUCAGUCACCAAGCUUCUGGAUUAUUUUCAGUGAAGGUUCAGUCUCCAGUCUCAGGGCACCUUGGUUCCUCUGUGUCUCUACACUGUGCUCUUGCAAACAGUAUGGAUGUGCGACACCUCGAUGUGCGCUGGUACCGUCCCAAAAUGUCUGACACCCCGAUGCUGCUCUAUGAAAACGGACAGAUCCAGAAGAGUCCUGUAGAUGUUCAGUACCAGGGCAGAGUGUUCCUGUUAGGAGAACUGAAGAAAGGAGACGUCUCUCUGAAACUGCAGAACCUGACGCUAGCAGAUAGAGGAGACUAUGUGUGCCAUGUGAGCAGUGAUAACUGGUACGACAAGGCCACAGUGUCCCUCAGAGUGAGAGCGGUGGGAUCUGUUCCUGUCCUCUCCUUACAUGAAGCAGAAGGAGGAAAGCUAAACGUUAGCUGUCAAUCACAUGGUUGGCUCCCGGAACCAUCAAUCACCUGGACAGAUAAAGACGGGAAAGAUCUGAAACAUCUCAGCAAUGUCAAGUUCACCAACAAUUUUGAAGGGUUUUUAGAUGUGAGCUCGUGGCUGAUUGUGUCUCCCUCUGAGUCUGAGUGGAUCUCCUGCUCUGUGGGUUUCUCUGAUCAGGAGAGAAAAGAAGGCAGAAUAAUUCCACACACUCCUACAGGAAACACAAAUUCCUGGAAAGAAUCCUUUAUAGUGACUCUCAUACUUUUGCUGCUGUGUAUCACCGGAUUUGCAGUGUACCAUCUUCUACAGAAAAAAGGUCUGAUUGACUCCAUGAAAAAGAGAAAAGAAGGUAGACAAGAAAUUCUAUCAGAACAUGAACCUCUGAAUGAGUCCUAUGAGGAGAAUGAGGAUGACAAUGACACUUCAGCUGCAGUUACAGAUCAUUCCACUGUGGUUGGAGAUCUCAAACAGCAGAUAUCAUCUGAACAGCAGAAUCAUGAAGCAGUGAAAAAACAAGUUGCAGGUCAGACUGACUCCAACACAGAGGGACCCGGAGAUACAGGAGGAACUCUGUCAGAGGAUAAAUCUCUGAACAACACUAGUCAGAAGGAUGAUCCUGAAGCUCCAGCUCCAGCUCCAGAUCAUUCCGCUGUGCUUGGAGGUCGGACUGACUCCACCACAGAGGGACCCGGAGAUACAGGAGGAACUCCGUCAGAGGAUAAAUCUCUGGACAACACUAGUCAGAAGGAUGAUCCUGAAGCUCCAGCUCCAGCUCCAGAUCAUUCCGCUGUGCUUGGAGGUCUCACUGACUCCACCACAGAGGGACCCGGAGAUACAGGAGGAACUCUGUCAGAGGAUAAAUCUUUGAACAACACUAGUCAGAAGGAUGAUCCUGAAACUCCAGCUCCAGCUCCAGAUCAUUCCGCUGUGCUUGGAGGUUGGACUGACUCCACCACAGAGGGACCCGGAGAUACAGGAGGAACUCUGUCAGAGGAUAAAUCUCUGGACAACACUAGUCAGAAGGAUGAUCCUGAAACUCCAGCUCCAGCUCCAGAUCAUCCCGUUGUGCUUGGAGGUCUCACUGACUCCACCACAGAGGGACCCGGAGAUACAGGAGGAACUCCGUCAGAGGAUAAAUCUCUGAACAACACUAGUCAGAAGGAUGAUCCUGAAGCUCCAGCUGCAGCUCCAGAUCAUCCCGUUGUGCUUGGAGGUUGGACUGACUCCACCACAGAGGGACCCGGAGAUACAGGAGGAACUCUGUCAGAGGAUAAAUCUCUGGACAACACUAGUCAGAAGGAUGAUCCUGAAGCUCCAGCUCCAGCUCCAGAUCAUUCCGCUGUGCUUGGAGGUUGGACUGACUCCACCACAGAGGGACCCGGAGAUACAGGAGGAACUCCGUCAGAGGAUAAAUCUCUGAACAACACUAGUCAGAAGGAUGAUCCUGAAGCUCCAGCUGCAGCUCCAGAUCAUCCCGUUGUGCUUGGAGGUCUCACUGACUCCACCACAGAGGGACCCGUAGAUACAGGAGGAACUCUGUCAGAGGAUAAAUCUCUGGACAACACUAGUCAGAAGGAUGAUCCUGAAACUCCAGCUCCAGCUCCAGAUCAUCCCGUUGUGCUUGGAGGUCUCACUGACUCCACCACAGAGGGACCCGGAGAUACAGGAGGAACUCCGUCAGAGGAUAAAUCUCUGAACAACACUAGUCAGAAGGAUGAUCCUGAAGCUCCAGCUGCAGCUCCAGAUCAUCCCGUUGUGCUUGGAGGUCGGACUGACUCCACCACAGAGGGACCCGUAGAUACAGGAGGAACUCUGUCAGAGGAUAAAUCUCUGGACAACACUAGUCAGAAGGAUGAUCCUGAAGCUCCAGCUGCAGCUCCAGAUCAUCCCGUUGUGCUUGGAGGUUGGACUGACUCCACCACAGAGGGACCCGGAGAUACAGGAGGAACUCUGUCAGAGGAUAAAUCUCUGGACAACACUAGUCAGAAGGAUGAUCCUGAAACUCCAGCUCCAGCUCCAGAUCAUCCCGUUGUGCUUGGAGGUCUCACUGACUCCACCACAGAGGGACCCGGAGAUACAGGAGGAACUCUGUCAGAGGAUAAAUCUCUGAACAACACUAGUCAGAAGGAUGAUCCUGAAGCUCCAGCUGCAGCUCCAGAUCAUCCCGUUGUGCUUGGAGGUCUCACUGACUCCACCACAGAGGGACCCGGAGAUACAGGAGGAACUCUGUCAGAGGAUAAAUCUCUGAACAACACUAGUCAGAAGGAUGAUCCUGAAACUCCAGCUCCAGCUCCAGAUCAUUCCGCUGUGCUUGGAGGACUCACUGACUCCAGCACAAAGGGAACAGAAGAUACAAGAGGUCUGACUGACUCCAGGACAAAGGGGCCAGAAGAUCCAAGAGAAACUGAAUCAAUGAAGUCGUCAGCAGAAUCUAAACAAAGCUGAAACUAAAGAUAUGCACCAGAACCGUGAGGCAGUGAAAGGACAAUCAUAACCUGCAGAAACUGAACCACUGAAGUCGUCUCCUCUGCAUGAAAAUCAGCAGAAUCUAAAGAAAGUACAGCCCGCUGCAUUGAAACAAUCAGAGCAGUCUAUCCUGGGAGAUUUAUGAUCUUUGCAUUUCAUCUGAAUUGCCUGAUAUGUCCACUGAGGCUCCAGAUGCAUGCUGCCUACAGUCUCUGCAUCUAAUAGUUAUAUUCCAUCUACUCCAAAAUAGAAAAAAUAAAGAGACGUGUAUUGUGAUCUUAUUAAAUCUCCAUAUGCUUGAAAGAAAACUUCUUUCCACUGAUGUUAUGUGUUUGGUCUAGUAUCACUAUAAUAUAUACUAAUAUAUUGCAUAUCUGUACUUUGAACUAGUAAAACCUGUACUUAUAACACAUUAUAGCACAGCUCAAAACAUGACUGGAGAGAGUGGGGCGGUGAAUUAAGCGCUUAUUAAUCGGAUAUCUGGUUAUUCCCGAGUAUCACUACUGUACAAACUCUUUUCUCUAAAUCUACCAGUUCUACAAGCAGGAGAUCUCAGUAGAUUAUUGUGUUAAAUCAAGUUAACAGUGUGUAUAAUUUGUCAAUGUGAGAUUUCAGUGCAAUUCCUAAAACAUCCAAAUUUAAAUGUGAACUUUUACUUCAUUAAAACAAUAAAAUGUCCUUUAAAGAUAUUUUAGGUCUCCUGCUGUUCAGUUUGGAUUUUCUGCAUUUGAUUUAUGAAUGGAUUUGGUAAAGUAUCUCCCUAAAAAUACCUUAAAAUAUCUUUACCUCCUUCUCCAACUCCGUGAAAGCUCAAUAUUUUCAGGUUUAGAGCUGUUUCAGCUGUGUGAGCUGUUUUACUGAUUCACGCUGACUCGCAGCUCAACUGCCUGAGAGUCUGAACCAGUUUGAGCUUUUUAUACCUUCAUUAAGACUUAACAAGGUGAACAUGUGAAUCGUUUAGUCAUUAAUCAGCUUAAUGACAAUCAUGUCAGUGGUCAAGCAAACAUUAGAGCUGGUUAAGAUAACCGCUGCUUUUUCAGUGUGAAAACUCUUAAAUUAAAAUAACUCUUAAAUCUAAAAACUUGAAUGAAAUGAGUGGGGAUGCAAACUUCUGCACUCAACUGUAGAUGUAAUACCAAGUGAAUUUAAAAGAAAAAUCAUUGGGAAUAUGGUAAGUUAGAAUAAGUUGUCUCUUUUAGCUGAAAACAAGACUGAAACUGACGUUGUGAAUCAUUGUUUAAUGUUUUUGUUCAUACACACUUGAACAUCUGCAAUUUUAAUGGAAUGCUAAUGUGAUAUAAUUCAUAGGAUUUGUACAAUUAUGUGAAAAUUGUUUGUGAAAUUUGUCUCAGCUUUUACUCAGUAAGUAAACUUUGUUGGGUUUUGAAACUGACAGCUUCUUGGUUUAUUUGUAAAAAAUGAAAUACUGAAAUAUUACUGAACUACAUACAUAUAUUUCAGUCAUAAUUAAAAGCUUAUUGCAGUACAGUGUGUACGAGAGCUGAAGUUUGAUGUUUAAAUGGAAUUUAAGUCCUGAAUUAACCGACUGUACUGUAUUAGUUUACUUCACCUCCAUGCAGUUAACGUGAGGAUAGAAUUUGUUUUGGGAAUUCCAGACAGUACUCUGUGCUUUACAUCUGCUCGUACAAUAAUAUAUACAGCAGAUAAGUCUGUAUAGGACAUACACACACGCUUAUGUAACUUUCACAGUAUAGCGUGUGUUAAAAUGGUACAAUAAUGUUAAUGCCUUUUUCAUAAAAUAAACCCAAAUACAAUGUAAGGACAAAAUGUUUUUAUUCAUAUAUAAGUACAGAAAAGACAUAACAUAUUAAUAUAGAUUUUAAUACUUAAAGUGUAAACACAUAAUUUAACAAAAAAUGAGCAUGGUGAGACAUUUUAAUCUUCUGUUAAACAAAGAGCGUCCUGUUUAGGAAAUUUUAAAAAGUGUAAAUGUCCAGGACAAAAAAAAAACAAAAAACCUACAGUUCAGCAGAGACUGUUAUAAAGUGCUUCCA